CCGAGACAACUCCAUCCACAUCCUCACAGCGGACAAGGGCAACGCCACCGUCGUCAUGGACAGGGAGGACUACAGCAACAAGUUGUUUUCAGUGGCAAGGCAAGUUCUACGAGCAAACGGCUGGGACCUCCAUGGGAUCUCCUUUAUCCCCGGUCCUAGCCGACAUCUUCAUGGAGGAGUUCGAGUCUUCCUCCCUACUCACAGCGGAUCUUCGACCGAGCCUGUGGCUACGCUACGUUGAUGACACCUUCGUAGUGUGGCCCCAUGGCCCGGACACACUCCAAGACUUCCUCCAGUACCUCAACAAGCAACACACCAGCAUCAGCUUCACCAUGGAACAAGAACAGCACGGCACCAUUCCUUUCCUGGACGUCAAGAUCUCCAGGAAUCCGGAUGGCACCCUGGGACACAGCGUCUACAGGAAACCCACCCACACCGACCGCUAUCUCCACCAGCGGUCGUUCCAUCACCCCAGCAUCAAGUCAUCGGUCAACCGCACCCUAGUACAGAGAGCCUUCGAGGUCUGCGACCAAGACAACCUCAAGCGUGAACUCAAGCACAUCCAGACGUCACUACAACGGAACGGCUACAAACCCCACCGCAUCAAGAUCAGCAAACCUGACCAACGGGUCCCCUAUACCCAAGGUCCUCCCACUGUAUCUCCCUCAGUCACUCUUCCUUACAUAGGUCCAGCUUCUCAUCAUCUGCAACGCAUCCUCCGACAAGCCGGCGUCAAGGUGUACCACUCAUCUGGCAACAAGCUCCAAGGCAGCCUCCAUACGCACAAGGACAAGCAGGACUCCUCAUCCAAGCCGGGAGUCUACCGCAUUCCAUGCGAAUGCGGCAAAGUCUACAUCCGUACCCAUCGAGAGCAUCAUCCAGUCGACGGAGCCAGCCCUCAGACACCUCACCAAGACAGCAGCCAACGACGUCCGCAUCAAGAUGAAUGA